AUGUGUGCAAGGAAGUCAACGUUUAUUGAUUGUUAUGUUUUUCUAAUAUCUGAUUGCCGUUGCUUUUUCAUGUGGGAAAAAAAUUCUUUUGAUGAAAUGACUUCAUUUGAAGUUUUGCCUAAUCAGAAUGGUCUCUCUGAGUCUUUUGAUUCAGCAGAAUUCAGUUUUAUCCCAGCAUCAAAUCCUGAAGAAAAUUUUGAUUUGACCAACAUGCACUCUGCAAUGACAUCUUCUACAGCAGAUCUUAGUGUUGAAAUUCAAGCACGGCUUGUUGAACUUUUGGAAGAAAAUGCAGCAUUGAAAGAAGCUCUGAAGAAAAACAAUGUUAUCAUGCAGGAGCAGAUGAGCACUGUCACUGCCUGGCAUAGUCAAGUGACAGCUUCAAUGUCACUGCAUCAAAAUUCCUUACAUGAAUCUCGAAAAAUAAUUCAGCAACUUGAGAAAGAGAAUGCAGAGCUUCAAUUGAAAGUAAAAGAAUUAGAAAGAAAAUCUGAUACAUCUUCUUCUGAUCAUGCAAGCUUCGCUAUGAUUAAUUCCACAAAUGAAGAAACAGGAGAUUCUGCAGAUAAACCAAAACCUACAUGUGGAUCCUCUUCUGACAAUAAGGAGUGUAAAAGAUGCUGUGAGGUAUUGAAAAAACAAACUGAAGAAUGUCAAAAUGCUCACAAAGAAAGAAAAUCUGUAGAUGAGGAGAUAAUUCAAAGGUUGCAACAAGAAGUCAUUAUUUUAUAACAUGCAUUGAAAUCUGCACAAAGCAGUUCCACUGAAACAAGCCAGUGCUUGUCAAGUGUGCAAGCAGAAUAUGAAGAGCUAAAAGCUGAAUAUGAUAAAGUGAUGAAAUUUCUUGGGGAAUACAGAGAAGAUAAAAAGCAUAAGGAGUCAAAUGAAAAGUGUGAAGAUACAACUAAUCGGAUGAAACCUGAAUCUGGGCAAGAGCAGGAAGAAGCUUGAAAAUUAAAAUUUGAUAUUCAUCAAAAUGAACUAGAAAUGUUACGUUCUCUUAUUGAAAAAUAUAAAGAGAGGAGUGAAACAUUAAAAUGUUUUUUUUUUUUUUUUUUUUUU